ACUGAGCGUCUGACCAAAAAAGAAGUUAUGGCCGGGACCAGGACCUUCACAGAUAUGAGGAAUACAGUUCUUUCAGCUCAUAAAGGCACAGGGUCCAAGGAGAAGGUUGCGUUCUACAACUCCUGGGCUGAGAGCUAUGAAGAGGAUGUGGCCAUGUUGGAGUACCGUGCUCCUUUCUUAGCUGCAGAAUGCAUUGCUUCACACUUCACCAGAGAGAAAGAGAGAGCCGUUAUUCUGGAUGUGGCAUGUGGGACAGGGCUGGUCUCUCGAAAUUUAAAGAAAAUGGGAUUUUGCCACUUCGUGGGAGUGGACGGAAGCGAGAAAAUGUUAAGUCUGGCCAAGGAAACAGGCCUUUACCAGGAGCUUAAGCACUGCAUGCUGUGUGAGGAUCCCUUGCCUGUGCAAGAUGAGUCAUAUGAUGUUGUAGUGAUUGUGGGAGCUCUGAGUAUUGGGAAUGUGGCAGUGGAGAUUAUCAAGGAGCUCUGGCAAGCCACCAAGCCAGGUGGCUAUGUCUGCAUGACUACAAGAGGGAAUGCUGAUAACUUCGAGUACAAAGCUGAGCUGGAACGUGUGAUUCAAGCGAUGGAGGAAGAAAAGAAAUGGAGUCGUGUCGCUGUCAGUGUAGUGGACGAGUGGGAGAAGGCUGUGUCCGAACACGAGUGUGGAUACAUUCCUGGAGUUGUUUAUCUCUAUCAGAAAGCUUUUUAA